CCCUGCCACCGCAGCAGCGGCUGCGCGCCGCGACGAGCCAUGCGCCUCCUCCCUUUCCUCCUCCACGCCGCCGCAGCGAAGCUACAAUUCGGCGCCGACGCGAACAACACGCGCAAGGGCUCGAAGCGGAGACGAAACAUCGAACGCGUCUACGCCGUCGCGCGGAAGGCCCUGCCGCUCGAAGAACGAAUGGAGGCUGAGGAGCGGUGGGAGCGGGCCAAAUUGCUAGGAAGAGGAAGAAGGGCCAAGCUCGCCGCCAUCAAGGUCAAGGUGCCCCGCCGCAACUUUUCGUACGCUGUGCCCGACCCAAAAAAACUGUUGGACAUCAGGGCCUACAACCUCUCGUCUCUAUCGAGCAACGGCACGGCGAUGAACGCGCGGCACUACCUGACCAUGUGGGAGCAAGCGAAAAAUUCGGUUGAAAUGCAGGAGAAGCUCUGGAAGAUGAAUAACCGGGCGGCGCCCCAAGAUAGGAUCGGACUCUUCGUGAAGCGGGGCUCGUGGGAUUCCGAUGGGUUUGCUUCUUUAGGAAGGUUGCUGGGCGUGGUGGUUGGCAUCCCUUUGAGGGUUGUCGUGUUUGUCGUCCGAAGGUGUUGCGUCCGGCCGUUGCGCGAUCGCUGCGUGGGGACGUUCCUGGAAAGAUAUGCAAAUUUCACGGACGACGCGUUGCGGCGCGGGUUUGCGAAAGCUCUGAUCAAAGCUCGGGAAGAAACGGUCAACGAGCUCAACCAGGUCAUGCAUAGAUAUGAGGGCCCCAUCGAACGUUUUUUUUCAAGAUACUAUGGCUUGAUGGUGUUAAAUACAAGAGAGAUCAGAAUCGUGCUCAAGACGGCGUGGCGCCUGCCGCGCCAGGCCUGGCUCUUCGUUAAAACUUUACGGUACUACGCCAUGCUUUACUUGCGGUCGACGCGCUCCCUGAACUAUGUCUUGGUGAAGGCGUACCCAGCAUCAAAGACGUGGCCGAGGCACGAGCGCCUCGAGGCGGCAUUAUUACGGGCGCUCCUGGCGGAGUGCCGGGCCUACGAGGCGCGGCUCGGGCCGAAGGCCGCGGCGCGGCGGAAAAGGAGGCUGGCGAAGUACCACGAAAAGCUGCGAGCUGCUGAGCAAGCCAAAAUUGGAUCGUCGCCGCGGGACGAGGUCUAA